GAGAGAGAGAGAGAAAGGCAGCCCCUCUGUCUCUUAGUCUUGAGCUGGCCAGCUGAGAUGAUGGCAGGAUUACUGGUCUAUGCGUGUGUAACACUGUCCAUUGUUCAAACUUCACUAUCACAAUCAGCUCCGGGUCCUGUGGUGUCUGUGAAGAAUUGGUCUCUUCGGGGUGCUUCCAUGACUGUGAAAGGCUCUGAUAAGCAGGUGCAGCAGUAUUUGGGGAUCCCCUUUGCCCGACCCCCUCUGGGCCCCCUGCGUCUGUCUGCCCCCCAGCCUGCAGAGUCCUGGGAGGGAGAGAGAGACGCCACGCAGCAGCCGCCCAUGUGUCUGCAAGAUCCAGACGUUGUACCAAAGUGGUCAAAAAACUUGGGCGUGGAGUUAAGUGUUCCACCGGUCUCUGAGGACUGUCUUUACCUCAAUGUAUACACUCCUGCGAAAUCCACAGAUGACGAGAAACUUCCCGUCAUGGUUUGGAUUCAUGGCGGUGCCUACCUCUUUGGAGCAGCUUCCCAGUAUGACGGAUCUGUCCUGGCAGCCUAUGAGAACUUGGUUGUGGUCAUUGUUCAGUAUCGGCUGGGGAUCCUGGGAUUCUUCAGCACUGGAGACGAACAUGCCCAGGGGAACUGGGGCCUCCUGGACCAGAUCGCUGCUCUCCAGUGGGUGCAGCAGAACAUUGGGAUCUUCGGAGGAGACCCCAACUCUGUCACCAUCGCUGGGGAGUCGGCAGGAGGGAUGAGCACCUCGUUCCUUGUGCUGUCUCCUCUUUCCAAAGGACUAUUUCAUCGAGCAGUACUUCAGAGUGGAUCAGCAACAGUGGCUGGCUAUUCCACCAAUACCCCAGCGGUCUUUGCCCAGAUGGUGGCCAAUGUAACAGACUGUGACUCCAGUUCAACAGAGGCACUAGUUCAGUGUCUAAGACAGAAGAAUGAAGAGGAACUUAUUAAUGUAAUGAAAAAGAAAAUCCCUGCGAGUGCCACUGUAGAUGGGAAGUUCUUGCCAGCCCCGGCUGAACAGCUUUUAAGCAGCAAAGACUUCCUGAAAGUCCCUAUUCUUAUAGGCGUGACUAAUCAUGAGUUUGGAUGGUCACUACCUAAGGCCUUUUUCCCUGGAGGGUUGGAGAACAUUGACCGGGCGAUGAUAACGGGAGCACUUGGGAGGCUCAUUCCUUCAGGAGUGGCCUCUGGAGUAAAUGAGAUAAUUGUAGAUGAGUAUCUGAAGGAUGCCAAGACACCAGAGGACAUUCGUGAUGCUAGCCUUGAUCUUCUGGGUGAUUUGUUCCUGGUGAUACCAGCAAUCAAAGUGGCAAACUAUCACAGAGAUGCUGGUGUACCCGUGUACAUGUAUGAGUUCCAGCACAGGCCAGAGAUUUAUAAGGACACCAGACCCAGCUUUGUGAAGGCUGACCACGGAGACGAACUCGGGUUUGUGUUUGGCGCCUGUUUCUGGAAUGGACACGUUAAACUCAAUGGCUCAACCACAGAGGGGGAGAAUCAGCUCUGCAGGACAGUUAUGUCAUAUUGGGCCAACUUUGCUCGCAAUGGGUCUCCUAAUGGUCCUGGCCUGGUGCACUGGCCUCUCUAUGAUGCCAGCAACAAGUACCUGAACCUGGACCUGCAGCAGAGUGAGGGGCAGGACCUGAGGAAGGACAAGAUGCAGUUCUUCACUGUGGAGCUGCCUAAGAGGCUCGCUGCAAAAGCAAACAGCAAAAUUACAUUAGUCUGAUUUUGUGUUACUCCAUUCCUACUCUUGUGCAACUGUAGAAGGUGUGUUAAAAAAAUGAAAAUGUUGGCUGUUAAAUGGCAGCCAGUUAAACCCUACGCAGAAUAGAAUGUUGUGUCUGGUUUGUAUAUGUCAUAAUGUGAUUUAAAAAUAUGAUAAUCCUAGAAAAAUGAUAAAUCAUAA